AUGCGAGUGAUGUAUUAUACUGGUCGAUUCAGUGUAAAAUUUAAAGUACAAAGUCGGAUGCUUCGGAAAAGUAGUGAAGAUGCAUAUUAUUGUACUGCGCUUUUCAAAUAUCUUAGAGAAUUUUGUAUACAAUACUGCCAGUGGACUUGUUUAAUCUCUGCUGAUGAUAAGCACAAGAUUCCUAUUAGGAAAGAUGUUGCAGUUUCUACGGGUGUGCGAAAUCGACGCACUAUAGUUUUUCAAGAAAGCAUUUGGCUGCUGCUGAUCAUGAUUUCUCAAACUAUCUCUAACACC